CGGGCAGCAUGGUUCACUCCAGCAUGGGGGCUCCAGAAAUAAGAAUGUCUAAGCCCCUGGAGGCCGAGAAGCAAGGUCUGGACUCCCCGUCAGAGCACACAGACACAGAAAGAAAUGGACCAGACACUAACCAUCAGAACCCCCAGAAUAAGACCUCCCCGUUCUCUGUGUCCCCAUCUGGCCCCAGCACCAAGGUGGGCAUUCUCUCUGGCCUCCACUUAACAUUCUGGGGUCCCGGACCCUGCCUCUCUCCCCCCCAGAUCAAGGCUGAAGACCCCAGUGGCGACUCAGCCCCAGCAGCACCCCCGCCCCCUCAGCCGGCUCAGCCACAUCUGCCCCAGGCCCAACUCAUGUUGACGGGCAGCCAGCUAGCUGGGCUCACGGCACUGAUGCCAGCUCAGCAGCAGCUCCUCCUGCAGCAAGCGCAGGCCCAGCUCCUGGCCGCCGCCGUGCAGCAAUCCAAUGCCGCCGCUGCCGCCGCCGCUGCCUCCUCCACCUCCUCUUCCUCUUCCUCCUCCUCUUCCUCUGCCUCCUCCUCGACCUCGCAGCCCCCAGCCUCCUCUGGGGGAGGCGACCUGCCACCAUCACAGCCUGCCAGCCAGCCCCCUGGGACCCCACAGCUCACCCUGUCCCAGCCCAUCCAGCUCACAGCACAGGACAUACAGCAGCUCCUCCAGCUCCAGCAGCUGGUGCUUGUGCCGGGUCACCACCUCCAGCCACCUGCUCAGUUCCUGCUGCCACAGGCCCAGCAGAGUCAGCCAGGCCUGCUACCAACGCCAAAUCUAUUCCAGCUACCUCAGCAAACCCAGGGAGCUCUUCUGACCUCCCAGCCCCGAGCCGGGCUGCCCACACAGCCCCCGAAAUGCUUGGAGCCACCAUCCCACCCCGAGGAGCCCAGUGACCUGGAGGAGCUGGAGCAGUUCGCCCGCACCUUCAAGCAACGCCGCAUCAAGCUCGGCUUCACGCAGGGUGACGUAGGCCUGGCCAUGGGCAAGCUCUACGGCAACGACUUCAGCCAGACGACCAUCUCCCGCUUCGAGGCCCUCAACUUGAGCUUCAAGAACAUGUGCAAACUCAAGCCCCUCCUGGAGAAGUGGCUCAACGACGCAGAGACUAUGUCUGUGGACUCAAGCCUGCCCAGCCCCAACCAGCUGAGCAGCCCCAGCCUGGGUUUCGACGGGCUCCCGGGCCGGAGACGCAAGAAGAGGACCAGCAUCGAGACAAACGUCCGCUUCGCCUUAGAGAAGAGUUUUCUAGCGAACCAGAAGCCUACCUCAGAGGAGAUCCUGCUGAUUGCAGAGCAGCUGCACAUGGAGAAGGAAGUGAUCCGCGUCUGGUUCUGCAACCGGCGCCAGAAGGAGAAACGCAUCAACCCCUGCAGCGCGGCCCCCAUGCUGCCUAGCCCUGGCAAGCCGGCCAGCUACAGCCCCCAUCUGGUCACACCCCAAGGGGGCGCCGGGACCUUGCCAUUGUCCCAAGCUUCCAGCAGUCUGAGCACAACAGUUACUACCUUAUCCUCAGCUGUGGGGACGCUCCACCCCAGCCGGACAGCCGGAGGGGGUGGGGGUGGGGGCGGGGCCGCGCCCCCCCUCAAUUCCAUACCCUCUGUCACUCCCCCACCCCCGGCCACCACCAACAGCACAAAUCCCAGCCCUCAAGGCAGCCACUCGGCUAUCGGCUUGUCGGGCCUGAACCCCAGCACGGGAAGCACAAUGGUGGGGUUGGGCUCCGGGCUGAGUCCAGCCCUCAUGAGCAACAACCCUUUGGCCACCAUCCAAGCCCUGGCCUCUGGUGGAACUCUGCCUCUUACCAGCCUUGAUGGCAGCGGGAACCUGGUGCUGGGGGCGGCCAGCGCGGCCCCGGGGAGCCCCGGCCUGGUGACCUCGCCACUCUUCUUGAAUCACGCUGGGCUGCCCCUGCUCAGUGCCCCGCCUGGCGUGGGCCUGGUCUCGGCAGCCGCUGCAGCUGUGGCGGCUUCCAUCUCCAGCAAGUCUCCUGGCCUCUCCUCGUCCUCCUCCUCGUCCUCCUCCUCCUCCUCCACCUGCAGCGAGGUGGCAGCACAGACCCCUGGAGGCCCUGGGGGGCCCGAGGCAGGGUCCAAGUCCGAGUGAGGGCCCACCAUGCCUCCCCUCCUACUCCUCUGACCCCCACCUCGGUACCCCGCCUGGAAAGAGGGCGAGGAAGCCAGCGGUGGGGGUGCAGAGGGUCCUUGGAGCAGGAGAGACAAGGGAGGAAAGACCAAAAAAAAAACCAACCAACCAAAAAAAAGAAAGAAAAGAAACCAACCAACAAAAAAGAAAACCAAAAAUAAUCACAACAGAAACCAGCUGCCCCAAAGGAACCAGAGGUGAAAAACAAACAAAUAUAAAAAACCAAAAACAAACAAAAAAUCCCCCACAAAACCGAACAAACCAAAAACCAGUCGCGAGCCAGACCUCAGUGUGCUCACCCUCACCGCUACGACACCAAAUAAGAACCCCAGCCAGGGGCGGAGAAGCCUGGCAGGGCGGACUCAAGCUGAGCCCCUGGCUGUGGGGCCAACCCCCAACCUUGCCUCCCCCAGUGGGGGCCAGAGAAGGAAAAAGAGAAUGUGCCAGCCUUGCAGCCCCAGCCCCCAGCCCUGGGCUAGCGAGGACAGGGCACAGCCUGGGGCAGGUGGGGCGGGCUCAGAACCACCUGCCAAAUGUUCUUUUCCAGAAGGUGAAAGAGAAAGGGCCUGAACAACCUUACACCAAAUAUUCAGUAGCUUCAUCCAAAGGAUGUACAGAAUUUUUAGCGUUGCGCUCAACAGAAUGUGUCCCUACCAUGUGUCCCCCUCUCCCACGGCCCCCCGCUCUCCCCAGCUGGGUAGGGGGGUCUCACUGUAACCUCCUCCCUCCUCCAGCCAGGGGAGAGUUCAGGGGAAGGCUUGGGAUGACUUUUCACCCCUUGUACCUCCCCCUCUUCCCUUUGAAGGGUGGGCUAGGCCGUUUUGCCAAGUUCUAGCUCUCAUACGUCCCCCCUCAACCCCGUCACCCUCCUCUGCUCUGAAAUCUGCCCCCUCCCCAGCCCACGGGAAGGUGGAAGUUUCAGACAAGAGGGGAUGAGUUGAGGGCAUUCAAAUUGUCUUUUUUUCCAUCCUCGUCUGUCAGUUUCCCUGAAAAAAAAAUUCAUAUUCCAGUGCCUAUCCGUGGGAUCCUUCACGUUCUUUGACAUUGACCAGAAACCAAAAAGAGAACUCACCUCGCUCUUCCCACCCUGUGCCCCUCUGAUACUGGCAAAUCCCUCUUCCUCUCCCCCCAUACACAUGCACACACGCACGCACCCCAGUGGUGGGUUCCUCGAGAUGGCUUCCCCAUCAGGGUCCAGGUGGCGGUGACAGUGCCAUGACCUGUGGUCCCCAUCCGAGAGGGCGCUGUGGUGGCCACCACACCCAUGAGACCUCCCUCGAGUCUUGGCGACCUUGUGUUUGCCCAGCCCUGGACACCUCUCGACGGACAGAGGAGAGACGCCGCUGGGAGCCACUUUGCCCUCCUGCUAUUGUGGAGGCCAACAAAGUUUUGAACCAAAAAAAAAACCAAACAAAAAACCAAACAAACAAUAAAUUAAAACUAGAAAAAAAAAGAAUUUAUAGAUAUAUAUAUAUUUAAGGGAAAGAAGAUGAGGACUCUUCAAGAAUAAGAAGGAGCCGCGAGGUGGAGCCAAGCCCCUGCACCAGUGGUCCAGGCCCUUGGUCCCCAAGGCGGAUGGAAGGACGGAUGCUUCUUUCUCUUCACAAAUACCUCAUGGACGUCGUCUUCGGGAAAGCCGGAGGGGGGUGGCUGGGGCAGGGCCUGUCCCUCAGCCAGGGUGGAUGGAAGCGGGUGGGCAGGGCUGAGAGAGGGUGUCAGGGACAGGGGUGAAGAGCCCCAAGCUCCCCGCCCCCCAAUCAACUGAAAAAGCUUUAAGAAAAAAAAAAAAAAGGAAAAAAAGGAAUAAGAAAGCAAAAAGAAUGGACAAAGGAAAACUAACAAAUUUUCGGGUGGUUUGAUUCCUCCUUUGAUCUCUUUUUUCUGUUCUCUUCAGUCCACUCUCCCUUCUCUCUGCUCACCUCUCUCUGCCUCUCUCUCCCUCUUCCUUCGCUCCUCUCUCACCUGUCUCAAUCUCGUUCUUUCUGUGUCUCUCCUCAAACCAAAGUGUUGCUGUGAAGGACGCGAGCCAUUGAAAUCAGAGCAGAGCCUGGCGGCAGCUUCAGACUGGCCCCUGUCCCUUGUUGGGCAGAGCAGAGGGAGGGGAGAGCCCCGGGAGACGGGCAGUGCUGCUGGACACUCCGAGGAGAGGCAGACAGAGCCUCGGAUGCCACCCUGGGCCCCAAGGCUUCAGUGUUCUCUCUUUCUUUCUUGUCUCCCUUCUCCCACCCGGGAAAGGAAACUGUUGGGCUGGGCCACGGCGGCAGCAGAGACUCGGCUGUUGCAAGGGUUUCGGGGUGCCUUGUUGGGCAGCGGUGGAGUGGCCGCCCCUCCCACCCUGGCAGCGAUGGGGCCUGGCAUGCCUUCGACCCGUCCUCGCCGGAAUGUAAGCAUCUCCGCUGAACCGACUCCCUGCCCUGACCCUACCUCUGAGUUUGUCCAUUUUUAUUUCCUGAAGAGAAGGGACUGGUGAGAGGGCCUGGGCCCCAGUGCAGGGGUGGAGAGGGGGCCAAGGGCUCCUGACCAGAUAGGAAGGACAUUUGAGCAGAGCAAGGUGAAAGGAAUUACAACCAAAAACCCCUCUGAGAAGACAGGCAGCAUGGAAGGCAUG